AUGAACGCGAUCCGUCGACUCAGAGCCGAUGUUGACGAGCAGAUCGUAAAGCAUGAAGCUGCCCCGUGCAAUCAGAUAUUGCAGAAAGUGAAACCCCUUCCGCAGGAGCUCCGCGAUAUGAUAUAUGGCUUCAUUUUCCAGGACUCAGCUGCUCGUCUAUUGGCGGAGGAGGACGAAAAGUUCGACUUACUACACCACGUCACCUUGGUGAUAUUUCUUGAAUCCGAUACUGUCGACCACACCGGCUACCUGGAGCGAUUCAAGUCACUGCUCCUCCUCGACAAAGCGCAUACAAAAAUCACGAUCUGCGUAAACGACCUCAUUUACUACCCAAACUUCAGAGACGCAAAAGUUUUGCCAUUGAGAGCGUAUGCGCAGAGUGCAGCCUACCUCUUCCCAGACUUGGUUGAACUGAGAAGGAAGGGAUACAAGGUGACAGUGCGUUCUGAAAGGGGCCUGGAAUUUCUAGUUGAGCCUGAAGAAACUACUGUGGAAGGGUGGACGAAGAAGUUUGAAGCAGCUGUUGAAGAGGCUCGCAUAAAGUUCUGGAAAGAAGAGUACAGUGGACAUUAUCCGGACUGGGACGACAUGCAGGACAAGAUGGAAGAUGCGUCACAGAAGUAUAUCUCGGAUAGCUCACAGCACUACUUUUCAGGUGAUCUGCAAGAUGAUGAUUCGGAUGAAUCACGCGAGGAUGAGUCAGACGGGUCACAAGAGGAUGAUAUGGACGAAUCAGAAGGAUAA